UUCAGUUUUUCUUUUUUCCAUCGAAACCAAACUGCUACAAUCACAUUAUAAUGCACAAUCCAUUAGUAGAAAGGAAAAUAGAGAGGAGAAAUACCUUAUUCCCUCUGCUGUUGCACUUUUCCUGUGCAAUCCUCUGUAGCUCAAGGCUUGCGUAUUCAGGCUUGGGGGGAGGGUCUCACCUGUUGUUAAUGGUGAUAGAUUUUGAAAGCAAACUCAUCACCGUGAGCUUAUGCCGUUCCUCCUGGCCGUGGCUUAUACCCGGAUCAUCCAGUUCGUUCUUAUUCACUUCACAUCUGCCGACCUGCAGACCCACUCUGCCUCCGUGGGAUUGUUGGAAUGCCGCCUUACUGCUAGACCGAGCUAGCUUCUUAGCUUACCGGUAGGCGCUAAAUUCUCAGCCCCUUCCCUUCUCUGUCUUGCACUGCAGACGCGCAGCUCCUCAAACACUUCCUGCGUGACUUGUGACAACACCACUAUGCCUCUCCCCCUCACAUCCUCAAUUUCUCGAAAAUUUAGUACGCAGAUAAUAUAUUGUUUUGAGUCUAAUAUGAUUUCUUAUUCUUUACAAAAGUUAUGAUCAAGCAAUGUCUUCUACCUCAAGAGGUCAACUGAGGACAACAGGACAAAGAAGCAAAACCACUCCAUCUCCCACUGGAUCUGCUACAGGAGCUUCAAAUGCAGGAAGUGGGACACGAAGCAGACCAAGCGAUAAGCUAAAUCCCAAAACUAUAGAUCCAUUUUCUGAGUCCCAGAAAGCACCAUCUGCCUUUGCUGCCAUAUAUUCCAAAGGAGGAAUCCCUUGCAGAUUGGUGCAUGGUUCUGUAAAACACAAGUUACAGUGGGAACGUCCUCCAGAAACCAUUCCAUUUGAUCCACUACUUAUAACUUUGGCUGAAGGUCUUAGAGAGACUAAACAUCCUUAUACAUUUGUUUCUCAAGAAGGAUUUAAGGAGUUACUGCUGGUUAGUGGGGCACAGGAAAAGGCUUUGCCAGUAUUACCCAGGGUGGCAACAGCACUGAAAGGUGCUCUGGCACAUGUUGAUGGAGAAGUUUUCGAAAGAGGCAUGAAUGCUUUGGUGCAAUUAAGUGCUGUUGUUGGACCAUCACUAAAUAUUCAUCUCAAGCAGCUACUUACAAGUCUUUCAAAACGAUUGAUGGACAAAACAUAUAAAGAACAAGUCACAGAUGUUUUACAGAAGUUGGAGCAGUAUGGUGGGAAGGAAUGUCUUGGAAUCAUUAAAUCAAAAAUUCCAACCUACUGUUCACUGUCUAGAUGAACAUAAAAGGAAACAUUGGACCUACUGACAUAGUUGUGACAUGUCUAUAACAGCAAGACACAUGAUUACAGCUUUAGAAUAAUCGUGAAAAAAAACUUUUUAAUUAUUUUUGUUUUCUCCUCUGCCUCAUUUUGCUUGUACUUUAUUUUUAUACAAAAUGAAUCCCAAAAGAAUUUAAGAGCUGUAUAUUACUCAGACAUGUUUACAGUAGGCUACAUGAGUGUAAUCUAUAUAUUGCUUGCAAUCUAUGCUGUAAUAAAUAAUGAAAUCAUAUUAACUGCAA